AUGGACAAGAUCAAGGAGCGUUUUGCCCUUCUCGGCCAGAAGAUCGAGGCUGCCGAGGGCCGCGCCGAGACCGCAGAGGCCGAGAACAAGAAGCUCGACCAGACAGUGCUUGAGCGCGACCAGGAGAUUGCGUCGCUCCAGCACAAGCUGCAGCUUGCCGAGGCCGACCUCGAGAAGGCCGAGGACAAGGUCAAGGAGCUCAAGGGCCAGGCUGAGGAGGGUGACGCACACAAGGCGACCGGCGAGAACCUCACGCGCAAGGUGCAGCUGCUUGAGGAGGAGCUCGACAAGGCCGAGAAGGACCUCAAGGACGCGACUGAGAAGCUCCGCCAGGUCGACGUCAAGGCCGAGCACUUUGAGCGCCAGCUCCAGCGUGCCGAGCAGGAGCGGGACGAGUGGGAGAAGAAGGCUGCGGACGCCGACGAGCAGUACAAGCAGUCGAAGCGCGAGCUCGACGAGGUCGUCUCCCAGAUGGAGAGCUUGUAA